GUAUAAAGUAUGACGCAGAGAAGGAGGAGAGACAGCUACAGGAAGCUCGGCAGAGGGAGCUGCAGCGGAUCGAGGAGACCAAACAGAAAGCAGCAGAAAAAGGUUUUGAUGAGCUAAUGACUCCAGCGGAGAAAGCCAAACUAUAUGCUGCCAUUGGAUACAGCGAUACAGCCGUCAAUCCUAACCUGCCAAAAAAUUUUGAAAAUAUGAAGAUACAUUUCCAGCUUAAUCGCAUGUCUCUGUCAAUCAAAGAGAGCCGAGAGAAGCCGGAGAUAAUCCAACUGUCCGUCAUUGAUCUGAAAGCCAUGCUGACUCAAAGACCUGCGGCCCAAGCAAUAAAGAUCUCUGCUCAGCUGUCAUCGUUUGAAGUGUCUGGUCUCCCACGAGGCAGGUCGGCCCCCAUCCUGCUGUCUCCACGUCAUGUGGCCGGGAUGAAAGAUACGGCUUUACUGGACCUCAUGUUUGAGACUAACCCACUGGACGCGAGUGCAGACCAGAGACUCCGCAUCGAGUCCCAGGCGCUGGAGAUCAUCUAUGACGCUAUGACAGUGAACAGUAUGUCAGCUUUCUUCAUGCCUCCAAAGGACCUGCAGCUGGAUGAGCUGACCAACGCCACCCUCAUGAAGCUGGAGCAGUUCAGAGACAAGACCUCCACAG